CCGGCCCGAGUGCGGGCGGUGGAAGGCGGAAGUGGGAGAGGAGUUGGGCGCCGCUUCUGGGGCCGGGGCAGUUCCGUGGUGAUGACAUGGCAUCCGCCAGCUCCAGCCGGGCAGCAGUGGCCCUGCCUUUCGAGAAGUCGCAGCUCACUCUGAAAGUGGUGUCAGCAAAGCCCAAGGUGCAUCAUCGGCAGCCCCGGAUUAACUCCUACGUGGAAGUGGCUGUGGACGGACUCCCUGGGGAGACCAAGAAGACCGGGAAGCGCAUUGGGAGCUCUGAGCUGCUCUGGAAUGAGAUCAUCAUUUUGAAUGUCACGGCUCAGAGCCAUUUAGACUUGAAGGUCUGGAGCUGCCAUACCUUGAGAAAUGAACUGCUGGGCACUGCCUCUGUCAACCUCUCCAGUGUCCUGAAGAACAAUGGGGGCAAAAUGGAGAACACGCAGCUGACCUUGAACCUGCAGACGGAGAACAAAGGCAGCGUUGUGUCGGGUGGAGAGCUGACAAUUUUCCUGGACGGGCCGACUGUUGAUCUGGGAAGCGUGCCUAAUGGCAGUGCCGUGACUGACGGAUCGCAGCCGCCUUCGAGGGAAUCCAGUGGGACCGCUGUAGUACCAGACAACCGGCACCAGCCCCCCAGCACAAACUGCUUUGGUGGGAGAUCCCGGACGCACAGGCAUUCAGGUGGUUCAGCCAGAACAGCCACAGCGCCUGGCGAGCAAAGCCCCAGUACGAGGAACCGGCACCGCCAACCGGUCAAGAACCCAAGCCACGAUGGCCUGGCCAAUGGCACAGUGAAUGACGAGCCCACCGCAGCCACUGAUCCCGAAGAACCUGUUGUUGGUGUGACGUCCCCACCUUCUGCAGCCCUGAGUGUGACCCCAAGCCCCAACACCUCGUCCCUGCCUGCCCCAGCCACCCCAGCUGAAGGAGAGGAACCCAGUACCUCGGGUACACAGGUGCCAGCAGCUGCGCAGGCCCCCGAUGCUCUGCCUGCCGGGUGGGAGCAGCGAGAGCUGCCCAACGGGCGUGUCUAUUAUGUUGACCACAAUACCAAGACUACCACCUGGGAGCGGCCUCUUCCUCCAGGCUGGGAAAAACGCACAGACCCCCGAGGCAGGUUUUACUACGUGGAUCACAACACACGGACCACCACGUGGCAGCGCCCCACAGCCGAGUAUGUGCGGAGCUACGAGCAGUGGCAGUCUCAGCGCAGUCAGCUCCAGGGGGCCAUGCAGCACUUCAGCCAAAGAUUCCUCUACCAGUCUUCGAGCGCUUCGAUUGACCAUGAUCCCCUGGGCCCCCUCCCUCCUGGCUGGGAGAAGAGACAGGACAAUGGCCGGGUGUAUUACGUGAACCAUAAUACACGCACGACCCAGUGGGAAGACCCUCGGACCCAGGGGAUGAUCCAGGAGCCAGCCCUGCCGCCGGGCUGGGAGAUGAAGUACACCAGUGAGGGCGUGCGGUACUUCGUGGACCACAACACCCGCACCACCACCUUUAAGGAUCCUCGGCCAGGGUUUGAGUCGGGGACGAAGCAAGGCUCCCCUGGUGCCUACGACCGAAGCUUCCGGUGGAAGUAUCACCAGUUCCGCUUCCUCUGCCACUCCAAUGCCCUGCCCAGCCACGUGAAGAUCAGCGUCUCCAGGCAGACCCUUUUUGAGGAUUCUUUCCAGCAGAUCAUGAACAUGAAGCCCUACGACCUGCGCCGCCGGCUCUACAUCAUCAUGCGUGGCGAGGAGGGCCUGGACUAUGGAGGCAUCGCCAGAGAGUGGUUUUUCCUCCUGUCCCACGAGGUGCUCAACCCGAUGUAUUGUCUGUUUGAAUAUGCUGGGAAGAACAACUACUGCCUGCAGAUCAACCCCGCCUCCUCCAUCAACCCUGACCACCUUACCUACUUCCGCUUUAUCGGCAGGUUCAUCGCCAUGGCCCUGUACCACGGGAAGUUCAUCGACACAGGCUUCACCCUCCCCUUCUAUAAGCGGAUGCUCAACAAGAGACCCACCCUGAAGGACCUGGAGUCCAUCGACCCCGAGUUCUACAACUCUAUCGUGUGGAUCAAAGAGAACAACCUGGAAGAGUGUGGCCUGGAGCUGUACUUCAUCCAGGACAUGGAGAUCCUGGGCAAGGUGACGACGCACGAGCUGAAGGCCGGCGGGGAGAGCAUCCGCGUCACCGAGGAGAACAAGGAGGAAUACAUCAUGCUGCUGACUGACUGGCGCUUCACCCGCGGCGUGGAAGAGCAGACCAAAGCCUUCCUGGAUGGCUUCAACGAGGUAGCCCCUCUGGAAUGGCUGCGCUACUUUGAUGAGAAAGAGCUGGAGUUGAUGCUGUGUGGCAUGCAGGAGAUAGACCUGAGCGACUGGCAGAAGAACACCGUCUACCGGCACUACACCAAGAGCAGCAAGCAGGUCCAGUGGUUCUGGCAGGUGGUGAAGGAGAUGGACAAUGAGAAGAGGAUCCGCCUGCUACAGUUUGUGACCGGAACCUGCCGGCUGCCUGUUGGGGGAUUCGCCGAGCUCAUCGGCAGCAACGGACCCCAGAAGUUCUGCAUCGACAAGGUUGGCAAGGAAACCUGGCUGCCCAGAAGCCACACCUGCUUCAACCGGCUGGAUCUGCCCCCGUACAAGAGCUACGAGCAGCUGAAGGAGAAGCUGUUGUACGCCGUCGAGGAGACCGAGGGCUUCGGACAGGAGUAACGGAGCCGGCCCCUCCCCACGCCCCCAGAGCACACGUAGUUCCGAGUGCCCCUGCCCGAGAGGCCGCUGACCGCGCCGCCCUAGGGAGCCCCCGGAGGCCCACCCUGCCUGCUUGCUGGUGGCCGGAGACCCUGACCCCAGCAGGCCCUGUGGCAGCCUGGAAUAAAGCCCCUUGGCACCUUUGGCCCCCGCACCCACUGCAAAGUGUGGAGGGCUGCCUCGCUCCAGAACACCCUCCCCUCCCCUCCCCUGGGACCAGCCCUGGGUGGGCGUGGAUGGGCGAGGGUGAGCAGGAGGUCGGGCACUUGGGUUAGCGGCUGGGGUUCCCCUGGGAGGCCAUGGCCCAGCCCUCACAGCUCCUUGCUGCUGGUGCCUGCAGGAGGGCGCGGCGGACUCCUCCGGCUUCCUUUGUCCUUUUACAUAAACUUGAAGCGUCUGUGUGUGGGGUGGCUUUACGUUUCGUUUCUGGUAUGCUGCUGUCGCCCUCGGCGAGGAGCUGGGCCCUGGCUCCUGCCCCAUCCUUGGUGGAGGUGAGCUCCUGGGCGCGGUGCAGCCCCAGGCAGCCCGGAGGUGCGGCUCUUAGGAAGCCGGCCCGGCCUCUGGGGCGGCCGUGCUGCGCAGGCGCGAGGCGCUGUGGCGCGGCGGAAGGGUGUCUGGAGCUCCCGCCGGCCUCUGAUGUGGGGAUGCUGCUGUUGAUCGAAGUCUCCAAGGUGCACGGCUGCCCUGGGAUGCUGGAGCAACAGCCCCGGCGGACUGCAGGAUUCAGGGGCGAGCGGAGCACAGCCCCACCUCAGGUGGCUCCCAGCCCCUGCGUGUGUGCUCGUCUCGGGGCGCAGCUCGAGCCCUUUGUGCCCUUUGCUGUACUCCCCGCGCAGGUCACCGUGCGGGCGCUCUGCGUGGGCAGGGAGCGGGCUGCCGCGGAGGCGGGGCAGCGGCAGGCUCACGGGCGUGUCCCUGGGUGUCCGUGUGUGCGCAUACGCGAGUGUGUAUAUCUGAAGUGUCUGUGCGGAAUGCCCUGUGGUAGCCCCGGCUCGGUGGCCAGAUGGUUUUGUAACGCCCGCCCCUGCCUCGGUAUUGCCAGUUUCUUGUGCAAUAAACAAUCAG